CUUUGAGUUUCUGUCUUUCUCUAAAUGAAUUUCAUUUUUUGUCUUCAUUGGCUUGUGUAAAAUCUGAACAAAAUUGCUAUUGUAAGGUACAACUGCACCACAAUAUUAAAAAUAGAUACAAUAUAGAUAAACCCACCUUUACUGCAGAGACAGCGCACAUGUGCAUGCACAGUUAUACAGAUCCCUGCUCUUGUUUCCCAUAUUGGCUCAUUCAUAUUCAGACUGUCUGUCUGGCUUCAGUGAAUGUAGCUGAGCCAUUCUCAAAUCUGCUUUACUCUUUCUUUAAGGAAUUCAUCAAAACUCACUGAACUUUAACUUAAACAGCCCUCGGCUAUCUCCCCCACCGCUGCCAGGCCCAGUCACUGUUGGGAGGAGUGUGAGGAGAGGAGAGCUAUAUUUAGAGCACCUGAACAGCAAAUUAAUAACAAAAAAAAGAGACAUAUUCUCUUAAUCUUGUCUUCCUGUUCUAGUCUGACUGUGUUCUUCUCUGCCUGUUUCCUUCAAAAAUCUCUGUAUUUUUUCAUUUCUCCCACAAUUUCCUGUCAUCUUUUUCUCUUAAUCUACCUCCACCCAUUUCGCUUGAAAAUAUAGAGCUCUAAGAAUCAACAGUAGCAAAGCAGACUAAUGAUUUGACAUUAAAAAUGUAUUGAAAACUCGCAUGUUUAAGUUCUCUUUCUGUUGCGAUGUAGUUCAUAUUAGCCUUUGCUUGUUUCUUGCCCUCUUUUUCAUUCCUUCUAACUCUCUCUCCCUUUAUGAUUGUAUGGUGCCAUUACUCAGAGGCUGUUUUACCCACAGCCCUAAUGAUGGAAAUAUAGCUACCAUAUCUUCUCUGCUGAGGGAUCGGAGAGUUAUUGCAAUAACUUUAAUAAUGUGUGUGUCUCUAUGUGUGUGCGUGUGUGUGUGUUAAUAUGGUAUAUGCUUCCCUGCUUGUAAAAAGCCACACAGAAAUAUAGCCCCAGGGCAUUUUUUUCCUAAAAGCCUUGGCAGAGUGCACUUUCUUCAUUCUUAAGCAGCGAAAGUUCAGUGAGGGUGAGAGAGCAUGCAUGCUGCCAGCACAAUGGACCCCAAAUCAGGGUCUUCAGUGCCUGGGGCAACAUAUAGAGCAGGCAUCCAGGCCUGGCUCGCCAGGAACGAGACUUUCUUCUGCAACGGAGACGUCUCUUUCUGGCUUAUUAAGACAUCUGAUGGACUCUAGAUGGCUGCUUGCUGACUCACCGAUGCAAUUCUGUUUUGUAGACUCAUGCAUCACCUUCCUGUCAGGAGGAUGGUGCAGGGCAGGGCAAGCAGGCAAGCCCUACCCUACUCGCCCCUCUCGCCUUCUCUUCCUGUUUCUGCAUCCACAUGUUCGCCUCUCUUUCAUCAACGGCUUUACAUCCUCUGCAUUUCUGAGUUUUAUUCAUUUUGCUUUUCCUGUGCAAUAAGGGAAGAUACCAAUUGGCAGAGGAAUGACAAUCAGAGACUAUUUUUAAGCUUUCCUUUGCUCAGCCAUUGUUAUUUUUACUUAUCGAGGCUUACAAGCUUAUCCUUUGUUCUGCUUUAUUUUUAGAAGUUCUCCCUGUGCCCAGUAAAAAAUUAUACACUGCACAGUGAGAGUAAACACCACUCCAGCAAUGUAGUUGUUGAUUUUAUAUAGAUAUAUGUGUAUCUUUUUCAGGAUCUCUUAAUACCUGAACUUACAUAAGAGGGAGGUAUGGAAAAACCUGAAAGGGUUGUGAAUAUGAUGCUGGAGAGGGCUGCAUGAGAUUUGUGGCAGAGAAGGGCAACCCAAGGGAGAGCAAAGAUGAGCAGAGAAAAGAUCUUUUUUUUUUCUUUAAAUUUAUUACAUGAAGUCUGACUUGCAGCUAAAGCAAGAAACUACACAAUACCAGCAUGCGGGCGUGUACACAACAGUGCUGCAGUCAGGGCAUCAAUUUUGUAUAGGAAAUGACUGUUGAGGCAGCGCAGCAGUGGUUGUGAAGCACUUAGGCAUCGCGCACCUCCCUCUCUCCCCACUGUUACCACGGGCUGAGGGGAGGAGGGUUCCGCUUUUUCAUUGCAAUGGGGGGAAGAAAGCGCUGGCAGGAGCAUCAUGUCUGCCUCCGACUCGAGCGCUACAGGACUCAUCUGCAACAAGGGUUCAGCCGAUUCCUACACUAGUCGACCCUCUGAUUCCGACCUGUCCCUGGAGGAGGACCAGGAGGCGUCUCGGCGUGAAGCCGAGCGCCAGGCUCAGCUGCAGCUGGAGAGAGCCAAGGCUAAAUCAGUAGCAUUUGCAGUGAGAACCAAUGUGAGUUACUGUGGGGCCCUUGAUGAAGAUUGUCCAGUCCAAGGUGCUGCAAUUAACUUUGAAACCAAAGACUUUCUGCACAUAAAAGAGAAAUACAACAAUGACUGGUGGAUUGGUCGACUGGUGAAGGAAGGGGCAGACAUCACUUUCAUCCCCAGUCCAGUCAAACUUGAGGCCAUGAGGAUAAAGCAAGAGCAGAAAGCAGCAGCUAGGAAAGGAGGGAACGCGUCAUCCGGAGGCUGGAGGUCCACCCCUCCAUCUGCAGCCAAACAGAAGCAGAAACAGACUGAACAUGUUCCCCCAUAUGAUGUGGUCCCUUCAAUGCGGCCGGUGGUCCUGGUGGGUCCUUCGUUGAAAGGCUACGAGGUAACAGACAUGAUGCAGAAAGCUUUGUUUGACUUCCUAAAGCACCGAUUUGAUGGCAGGAUCACUAUUACCCGGGUGACCGCUGAUCUGUCAUUGGCAAAGCGCUCAGUGCUGAACAAGAAAGCCAUAAUGGAGAGAUCCAACACACGCUCAAGUCUGGCUGAGGUCCAGAGUGAAAUAGAGAGGAUCUUCGAGCUGGCCAAGUCUCUUCAGCUGGUCGUCCUGGACGCAGACACCAUCAAUCACCCGGCACAACUCCUCAAAACCUCUCUGGCUCCCAUCAUUGUCUACGUCAAAGUCUCAUCACCUAAAGUUCUUCAGAGGUUGAUUAAAUCUCGAGGGAAAUCACAAAGCAAACACCUCAAUGUCCAGAUGAUGGCGGGGGACAAGCUCGCUCAGUGUCCACCUGAGAUGUUUGAUGUCAUCCUGGAUGAGAAUCAGCUGGAAGAUGCAUGUGACCACCUUGCAGAGUACCUGGAAAUUUAUUGGCGUGCUACGCACCUCCCCUGUUCUGCCCCAGUGAAUCCCUUACUGGACCAAAGUGUGAUAACUCCACCUUCUGCUAACUCCAGCCAACAGUUUUCUGAGACUCAAGAGUUGAUAGAAUGAGCACUACUUCAGAUGUAGGAGCAGCUUGUGCUGUCAGCUGGGGUCAGACAGUCGUAGCGCACAGGGACCAGGGCACCACCAGGGGGCAGCAGCAGUCCUCGUCUCUCCAAACCUGGCCACCACCUUCUCCAGCCACACCUGGGCCAAAGAAAAGAGGAAAAGCAGAGUAUGGUGAGAGAGAAGGAGCAGGAGGCUGGUGAGCUGGAAGGAGAGAAGACACAAAAAACAGGAAAACAAGAAGAAGGAGGAGAAUGAUUUGAUCAAUGCUGCAACAGAAGAAGGAGCCUCCACCUUACUGCUGCCCCCUCGGCAAAAGCUCCCUGCUCCCACUACCACGCGACAACUCAGGGCCAAUUUCUACAGCUCCACGUGCACUGGUAUUUCAGAAAAACAGUGCAGCAGUGCAGUUACAACUCACUAUCUGCCCCCUUUCUCAUAUUUUUCUCUCACCGUGACCUUAAACCCGUACCUCAUUCCCCGCUUUUACAUUUGAAGUCACGUCUCCCACCUGACAAAGGUGCGCCAGCCUACGUUUGCUCACACAGGCAGAUUCGCCUCUCACUGUAGCUACAUCACACACCUGUAAAGUUCAGAGGAAGUUAGCCUACAGUCCUGUAGCAUAGCAAAGCUACCAGUGUAAAACCUAUACACCCUCCCAACACAGGGUUCCAGGGGGUUUGUGUCUGAUACACGCCACUUAAAGAGGGUGACAGAAAAUCAGCUUUGUAUGUCUUCCAUCUCUGCAGCUCUCGAUGAGUUGUCAUUCCAAAUGUUUAACCAAAUGUUUUCUCUACAGCACAAAUGCAAUGUCAGAGGCAUCAUGUUGUCACUUAUGUUAGAGGACUCUUACUUUCCCUUACUUGCAGCUCCUGUUUUAUGUUAUUCUUUCUAUUGACCUUUUUACUGUAACUGUUGUUACUACUGUUUAUAAUUCGUAAGCUCACUCUCAGUGUCACUGAUUGCAUAUCUGUACACAACAGUGAUGCUGAACACAUGUAUAACAAGCACAGACAUGCACAGACGGUCUAUAUGCAUCUUUGUCACAGCUAUGAAUGUAUAAACGCUGGUCCACUGGCUUAGGAAGGAUUACUUAUAAUAACUGUGGUUUGCAGAUGAUUGGAAGCAAAACCCGAAAAGGUCUGUUAUCACAUCUAAAUAUCCUAAAUGCUUACACUUUACAAAGUUUGACUGUAUUUACAUGAUUUUCCUACCCCAAAGAAAAAAUAGUUUGUAAAAUUGUUUUAUCCUCCCAGAAAUAAUUGAUCACAGAUAACCCAUGUUUAACAUGAGCUAUUCCACAACUGCUCCUGACUUAGGACUAACUUCAAAAUGUUCAUUAAGAUGGUUUGAAAGUAAAACUUUGGAACCAAUAAGCCAAUAAUAAUAAUAAUAACAAUAAUGAUAAUAAUAAUAAUGGAAAUAUUAGAAAUGAGAAAGAUUAAUGAUUUCCAAGAACAUCUGUAGACAAUUAACAAUUACAUAUUACCUCAGUGUGUCUUCUGAACGUGGUGCUUGGUGAUUGUAGCUCUAAAUUACAAUAAGCGCAUCACCGUAAGCUACGCAGCCAGGAACAUGGUCAUUUAUUUAUUUACGUCCAAUAUUUUGCUGUUACUCUCUGUCAAUAUAGCGUCAGCAUUAAGUUGCUCUGGGAAUAAGAAGCUGUGGACACUCACUACACUACACCACUGAGAAGACUUCAUCUCCUCUACAGGAAAAAGAUCUCUGAGCACAUGAACUGAUUGUAAAGGUUUACUACCUAACAAGCCUGGGAAAGUAUUUUAUUAUCACUGGACAUGAGGGUGACCUCUGGUGAUGUAUUUACAUUAGUACCAGGUCUUAUAACCAUUAUUACUUAUUCUCUGCCCACAUAGCAGGAUAUACAUUAUAUAUAUGCAUAGACUUUAAUCAAAAACAUGUCAGAUUUCAUGUGCGUAUACAACCACCAGUGUUCUCUUUUCUGCAUCCAUUUCAUGUCUUGCAUUGCUCACAAAAAUGAAUGCGUCUCAGUAAGCACUUCAAUAAUCGCAUUAAUGCAACUGCUUGUGUCAUUUAAAGCAACAGAAUUCUGCUAACAUAUCAUACAUAUAAAUAAUCGAAUAUAUGUGCAUGAUAUAUUGUAUUCCUGUUUCAUCAGAAGGGCUUUUUCAGAUCAGCGUCACAUGAGCCGUUCACUCUUCAGACUAAAUCUGCGCGACCUAUGUAACCACUUACAUAUGCAUUAUAAAGGCUUAAAUGUAAAUACUGUAUAUUAAAUAUGCAGAUACUAUUAUUAUUAGCAGAUUGCACAAUAACAGCAAAAGCUGACAGGUUUUAACCAGUACACAAUUCUAUAAUCAGCGCCUCAGAAAGCAUGUGUUUAUAUGUAAUAUCCUCUUUCUUUCUUUUUUUAAAGAAUGGUGCACAGCUUAUAUAGGACCACUAUUAAGGUUGCUUCCACUAACACCCUGAUUCAUUUCUGAAGGGCCGGGUUUGAGAUACAUAACUUCUACUUGAUGAAACACAGAGAGCACAGUACCUUCUUUCGAUAAAACCUACUCAGCUUCUCCUGUUGCUUAAUUUUUAUUGCAAGAAAUUUAUACAAAAGUCAAUUAUACUUCUUUGGUUUUCCAAAGCACAAUUUUUUACAAUUAUCAUUUCCUAUUGCGUUUCACUUGCCUAAAUUCUGUAUGCAAUACAAAGUUUAGCAUCAACGAGACACUAGCUGAGACUAUCAAAAUAUCUCCUCAGUUAAGAUGGAGUAUAAUUGCACUACUAUUAUUUAUACUAAACGUUAUGCUGUAUCCACCUCCAAUACAGAGGAAAAAAACUGUUUGGCCUAAUGAUGAUGUCAACGUUUCUCAUCGUUUCUGACAAGUCUGCAAGAUAAAUGAUAUCCAACAGUGUCUGAUGAUGAUGUGUAAUGGGUGCAUCUUUUGUCAAUAGCACACGAGAAGGAGGAGGUGAAUAAAAAAAAACAUUUCAUUAACGUUUGUGUGUGCCAUGUGACUUUUCAUCAGCGAUUCACAAAACCACCAACAGAGGGCAGAAGUAGCAUUCUAGCUAUCUAUGCAACAAACAAGAUGCAGUUUCCCAUUUUGACAUCAAUCAAACAAAAUUGAGACAAACUGAAAUUAAAGUUGUGAGUCUGUCCUCCAGCCACCCCAUAGCACUGCCCAACUACACUACUGGACUAAUUGCAGAUGAAUGUGAGGAAGAAAAAUCUUGUGGAAAUCUUCUACUAUAUAAGAAAGUUUCUUCCCUUAGUUGUACCUUGGCUGAGACACCCAUGUUUAGCAUAGUAAGAAGGGGUGGGAGGGGUCGUAACAAAUUUAACAACAUAUUCCGGAUCUCUAUAAUCAACCCACACAUACUUUUGCAUCAUUCACUGAAAAACAAUCUACUAACAUAAUUUAUAUAAGUACUAAUAAGCCACUUGUUUUGUUCAUUAUGACCUGUGUUUCCUAUGUAAGCAAUAUAUUAUUGUAUUAUUCAAUUAAGCGUCACUAGGGAGGCUGGAGCCUUUCCCAGCUAGCUGGGCGAGAGGCAGCCUACACCCUGGACAGUUCACCAGGGUUAGCACAGCAGGGCUAACACAGGAUUAGAGUUAGAAACAAAUCUGCUAACAUUGUUCAUAUACAUGUUAUUUGGAACAUGAUCAUCUUUUACCAUUGGUCCAGGGCUUACAGUACCCUGGAAAGGUCUUGAGCCACCCCUCAUUUCUUUCUGUUUUAUUAGCAAAAACUGGGAAAUAGGCUCAGUGUAUGUGUAAACAUACAUGGAAACACAGUCUAUAAGGCAAAAACAGACUUUUUUUUAUUCUAAUGAGACUGAAAGUCAAUGUUUAGUAUGGACAUCUUUAACAUCUAACAUCUAUUCUUUAACACAGCUCGAUCGGUCUUGUAGGCAAGUUUCCUUGUCAUUUCUUGAAGACGUCUUCGGGAAAAGUCCUCCAGCCUUUGAGUCCAUUCUCUUCUAUAAUGAUUCCACACUGCAUCAGUAUUGAGGUCCAGACUCUGGGGAGGCCGAUCCAUGACUGGAAAUGUUCUAUUGGAUGUUUUUCUUUCCAGGUUUGCAUUUAGUAAACUGGCAGUGUGUUUGGGCUUUUGCCAGUCACACUCUUUGCAUGUUGACAACCUUGACCUGCCGCUGAUUUUGGGCUCUGUUCUUGUGUAAUUUGCCUUUUCUCUCUCAUUGCCUUCCUUAAGAGGAACUUCUUGACAGCCAUCCUUCCACUGCAACCAUUCGUUAUGAGGCUUCAUUAAGCAAUGUAUGGAUCAUCAGGCCCCGUGUCAUGUUCUUGCUGGAUUUUUUUCUUAUUUAUCAAGAACAUGACUUUCAAUUAGUGUUCAUCUGCUAUGGAUUGUUUUUCAAUGUAUUUUGUACAGGCUACUAGUAACAAGGUGACUAAAAAUACGAUUU